AUGAAUGAGACAUCGGGCUUCCUUCCCGCCCGUCUUCUGCAUUCUUCAGAACCAAUGUCAAACGUCACUUCGGCACCUUUAUUGGGGACAUCUGUUCCCGUCACUAACUUCAAUGCCGCCGCGAACUCAGCGGGUGAACUUUCGACCAAUGGUGGCUUCAUAGCUGAGGAUUCCGCUACUCCGAACCAGCAGGAAGAUGAUAUAGUAGUAGUCAAGAUCACCGGGAAAUCGUCCAGGAAGCCUCGAAAACAGAAAGUGCCAAAACCAGCUGUGCCGAAACGAACUAAAUCGGUUCCAUCAGCCAAAUCACAGACUUCAAAAGACGACACUGGCGACAAAGACAUCGACGAUGUUCCAGUGAAGUCUAAUGCAAAGAAAAAGAAAACUGGUACUAUGAGUAACCAUUUUCCUCCACCACAAGAACCCAGCGCACCUGAGAAACUUAAGAAGGUCGACGUGAAUGCACCCCUUCAUCUGGAACAAGCACCUGCGCGGAGAUUAGACUGGACUCCUCCAACUCAGAAAACAGUGGUCAACAUUGAUUCAGACUCGUCAGCUUUCAAAACGUUGGGCUCUUCUGAGGCAGAUCAGCCACUUCCAGUCUUCAAGAAUCUUGUAGGUGGCUACGCCUGCGCAGAAGAGCCUUCGGAGUCAGCAUGCCGCCCUGCACAGGCUUCAGACGAAGAUUCAAGCUUUCUCAGAAAAAGGAAGCGCAUUGAGCUCUUAGCUACUAAAGCGACAGGCUCCUCAGCGAUGGAACCCGAGAAGUCGCCCACAAAGAAACCCGCAAAGAAGAAGAAGCCCAGAACAAUCACAGAACUUGCCACUGCUGCUUAUAGGGUGCCUAGUCAGCCCGAUCCUGAACCACCAAGCCCUUCUCUCUUAGAUCACUUCUCGAUCAUCAAGAAUGGUACUGUUGCUGCUGCUGAUGCGCAGUCAGACAACCCCAAAGGCAAAGGGAAACAGCGGCGCAAAACCACGAAUGUUCCUAAAAAGAAAGCACCACCCAAACCCGUUUUGCUGUCGCCAAGUGCUGCUUUAGCACAGGUUGCUAACCAAGAUUUUGUUUUUGGGACCUCCAGUCAGCUGGCUAGGGAAGAGUCACCAACUGUCUUGAAAGAUCUUCAAGCUGCUCUAAGACAAUCAAAUCAGAAUGAAGAUAUAGGCUUCGCCAUACCGAUCCACAGUGAUGGUGUCGAACCGCAACAACAACAACAACGUAGCAAGCUCUGGGGCGCAGCCGCUCGGGAUGCUGAAGGAGAUCUCUUUGAUGCGGAAGUCAUAAAUCUGACUGAGGACACAUCGAUACUGCCGGUGGAGGGCACUAAUGCAAACCCAUUUGGAUACCAUGUCGGCGGAGAUGACAGCAUUGUCAUGAUUGAGAGCAAUGCUCCAAGUGACCACGACCCCAAUGUUGAAUUGCCGGAAACUUCAGCAUUGCCCGGUGAAAGGGCAAGGCAUGCCUCGGAGGGUGAUUCCCCCUACUUUUCCGACAGCGACUUUUCAGCCAGCACCAACAUUGGUCCAUCGAGGCCUGAGCAGAACAAUGUUGUCGAUGAGGCUUCGGUAACACCAAUAGAGGAGAUUGAGAAACUACCUGAACUUCCGCCACAGCCACCAAGGCCCAAUUACGAGGGCUUUACAGACAUCCGCUUGGCAAAAGAAAUCAAGAAAUUCGGCUUUAAACCCAUCAAACGAAGAAGCGCGAUGAUUGCCUUGCUAGAUCAAUGCUGGCAGAGCAAGGCUCGUAUAGGUCAAGCAAGUUUCCACGCCACAGCUAUAUCGCCUGCUGCUAGGCCCAAAGCCACAAAGAUUUCCAAAACAAAGACCCCCCCAAAAGCCAUCAAGAGUCCCAAAAAGCCUAGAGGUCAAUCGCGCAGGAACAGCGUCAGUGCUUCGGAGCCUCAGGAACCGCCGCCUUCCGCUCAACCCCCUGAAACUCCCAAGCGGCGUCCUGGCCGGCCAAGAAAGGACAGCCUGGAUUCCUCGCCAGGCAUUACUUCCCCCUCCAGACGCAAGUCCGCUUCGCCAUCAAAGCGUACAACAUCAUCUCGCCGAGGCAACGCUUCCCAGCCGCCUGUGAUCGAAAUUCCUGACUCCGAAGAUGAUGGGAGCGACUUCGCAUCUUCACCACAGUCCAAUCUUCAACAGACUUUUCCUUCUUCGGCCCCGUUGGAUAUAUCUAUCACAACCAAUGACGACACAGAGUCGAUCCUUGCAGUCACACAUACCGAAGAGGAGGUAGCUCUGUUUGAGCAUAUAACCAAUGCUGUCAAGUCUGCUCCACGGACUACAGACCCGCAAAAACCAUCAUGGAAUGAAAAAAUACUUCUUUACGACCCCAUAAUACUGGAGGACCUCGCAACAUGGCUCAAUACGGGCGAGCUUAAUCGCGUGGGUUACGAUGGAGAGGUGAACCCCAAUGACGUGAAGAAAUGGUGUGAAUCGAGAAGUGUAUGUUGCGUGGCGCGAGAAAACCACCGUGGCAAAGAACGAAAGCGGUUUUGA